AUGCCUGGUAAAGAAACGUUAAAAUUAAAAAAAGUAGUUUUAAGAAAGUUAAUUAAAUUGAUAAAAACACCAUUAUUGAAAUAUAUGGAUGUUUUAUCCAAUAUUUUAAAAGGUUUGGAAACAUUGUAUUUUAAUGGCGGUAAGAUAAGACAAAUAUAUCCUAUUAAUAUUAUUGAAAAGUUCAAGCAUAUUUUCUAUCAUAUUAAAAGAUCGAUUAUAUAUUGUUCAAAUCUAAAUGAGAUCAACGUAAUAUACAAUGAAUUUAUCGAAUUUUUGAGUCAAUUUGAUUCGUUCAAUGAUCAAUCAUUACUAAUGUUUUUCCAACCAUUAAUUGUCAAAUUCGAUUAUUUCCGUGAUUUUUUCCAAUCUUUUAGAGUAAUUAACGAUAUCUAUGAGAAGUUUCCCAGUGAUACCACCCACUGGAAUCUUAAAUUACAAAAGGAAAUUCAAUGGUACAUCACAUUUCAAGAAGAGUUAUUAAAAAAGCUGGUGUCAGAACCAAAAAUCUCUACAAAUCAAUUCCAAAACCACUCAACAAAUCAUAAACCUAAAUAUUAUAGACAAAAUGUUUAUAUAAAAGAUGUAUAA